AAAGAAGGCGGUGCGAAAACGCGUUGGAACUUGGCCGCCGCGGCUGCCCGUAGCCGGCAACCCCAACAUGGCAGCUCCCCAGGAUGUCCACGUCCGGAUCUGCAACCAGGAGAUUGUCAAAUUCGACCUGGAGGUGAAGGCGCUUAUCCAGGAUAUUCGAGAUUGUUCAGGACCGUUAAGUGCACUUACUGAGCUGAAUACUAAAGUGAAAGAGAAGUUUCAACAGUUGAGGCACAGAAUCCAGGAGCUCGAGCAGUCGGCUAAAGAGCAAGACAAAGAGUCAGAGAAGCAAGCGCUGCUCCAGGAAGUGGAGAAUCACAAAAAGCAGAUGCUCAGCAAUCAGACCUCAUGGAGGAAGGCAAAUCUCACUUGCAAAAUUGCCAUUGACAACCUAGAGAAAGCAGAACUGCUCCAGGGAGGGGACCUCUUCCGGCAAAGGAAAACCGCCAAAGAGAGCCUGGCCCAGACGUCCAGUGCCAUCACAGAGAGCCUCAUGGGGAUCAGCAGGAUGAUGUCCCAGCAGGUCCAGCAGAGUGAGGAAGCCAUGCAGACGCUGGGUAAGGCCGGGCCUGUGGCAGGAAGCUGCUCCCGGAGCCCUCGCCCCGGCACCGGCACCGGCACCGGCACCCUGGGCUCCUCCACCUCUGCCCCCGCCCUGCCCCCAGGCUUACUGUUAAUUCUUCCCGGACUAUCCUGGAUGCAAACGAAGAAUUUAAGUCCAUGUCGGGGACCAUCCAGUUGGGACGGAAGCUCAUCACAAAGUAUAAUCGCCGAGAGCUGACAGACAAGCUUCUCAUCUUCCUUGCUCUGGCCCUCUUUCUUGCUACAGUCCUCUAUAUUGUGAAAAAGCGGCUCUUUCCAUUUUUGUAAGGUCCGAGAGCUACCAGCUUUUGCCCUCUGAGCUCCAGCAUCAGGAUCUAGCCACAAUCCUGAGCUCUGAUCCCGGCUAUCACACCGAUCCACGCCACCCCCCAGUCUGCUCCAGUCGCUGAGCAGGUCAGAUGGAAACACAGCCCCCCAGGUUUCUGCAGUCGGCUGGCACGUAAGGGGGCGAGCAGAGCAAGGGGAGGGAGGCCUGUCAUCGGGCCACCUUCAAGGACACGGGGACUCGAAGAGCCGUCGCACAGUGUGGGUGGCUGCCACAUGGGGCACCCAGAGGCCAGCGUCCAGGAUUCGAUGUUCCUUCCUUCUCCCUUUCCUGCUGAGCCCUAAUGCCAGGUCUGGUGGAGGGAGAGAGGAGAGGGGACGGAGGGGAUGAAAACUCAUGUCCAUUCCUGGAAUAAAGUUCACUGUAUUUAAUAGAA